UGCUAGUGUGUUCCUAAUAGGCUAGCAGGACCACAAUAAAAAUAUUAUCAUAAAUGCCUUGCCCAGUAAAAACAUUCUACAAAUGUUGAAUUGUGAAAUCGUUAAACUGGAUUGGCAACUGGAAUAUGUUGUAAUAAUACCCAAUGAGAUCAAAGUACAAACAUUAAAGAACAAGAGAGAAGUGAGGAACCUGUUGGAAAAAGAAAACGAUUGAAUAUAAAUCCGGUGCAGCUUCAAUGUGAUAACGUUAUUCUUAAGAAGGAUGAUUCCUGAAGUUAAGCUGCCUCUCUGCACUAAGAGGCAAGAUGCGGGUUUUUCACCUGUGUAGGCUUUUUUGUGAUGAUAUGAAUUCAAACUGUACAUACUGUGAACUGAAGGAACCAGAGAUAUGUUCCAUCAAAUAUUUUCCAUCUGCAUUUUCUUACAAAUUUCAAAUUCAGUUGGCUACAUCGUUGGUGUUAUUUCCAAAGAUGUUAUUCUAAAUUGUCAAUUUGGCCCAGCUAACUUGGAUGAUAUAAUAAUUCACUGGACUCAGGGACCCAGGGUUGUCCACAGCUUUUAUCGAAGUACUGAUCAGCUUGCCAAGCAAGCAGAAGCCUACCGAGGAAGAACCAAGCUGUUCACCAGUGAAAUCAGCAGUGGCAAUGGAUCCCUUCUUCUUUCAAGCAUUGAUAUUACUGAUGAAGGAGAAUACAACUGUUAUGCCAGCACACCAGAUGGAAAAUAUGAAAACAAGGUUCCGCUAAAAGUAGGAGCGGAAUAUCGCAAUUUGUUACUGACCCCUCCAAAUAUGCUCUCUGUUGAGACUAUGCCUGCAUCUCUUAGCUGUUCAGCAUCUGGGGGCUAUCCAAACUUUACACUAUUAUGGCAGACAGUAAGGAACGACGGUAUGGAUGAGAAGAAUACCAUCACACCCAUGGAUGAGAAGACGACCAUAUCUCAUGAUACAAAAGGACUUUUUAUAGUUCGAAGCGAUUUGAAUAUUAUGCAAACAUCAAAUCGAACCUACAAAUGCAAUAUUAAGAAUGAUCUCCUAAAUCAGUCAUGGAAUGGGUCCUGGAAGAUGCAAGGCACACAGGAUGGAAAAGUGGGGCAAGACAUCACACUUCACCACAUUUAUUCCAAUAAUGAUUCUUCAGACUUGGCAAUAACAUGGAGAUUUAAGAACACAGAGAACUCCUCUUCAGUAAUACUAUGUGAAUUGAAGGGCCAAAAGAGUACAGAGGAUGCAAAGUGUGGGGACAAACCUUCAACAACAGAAAAUGAAUGGAAUGUCUCCCUUGUAUUGCACAAUGUAACUUUACAAGAUUCAGGAGAAUACACGUGUGAAAUCACAUCCAAGAGUUCAACGCAACUAUUCACCAAUAUUCUAAAACUAGAAACAUUACCUAUAAUCGCUCCUGAGACAUCAGAAAACCUGAGACAUCACUACAUAAUUAUUGCUUCUAUUCUACUUGUAUUAUCAUUAACUACUUUUGCUAUUUUCUAUAAACCAAAAUAAGGUAACACUGGCGUUGAAUUAAUUUAUUGCUUAUCAAGAUAUCAGGAAGAAGGGAUUCUACCCACUUACCUUCUGUAAAACCCACAAGCCCCAAACUCUAACUCUAACAAGCAGCAGUAAACCUUGCAUACCUUGCCAUUAUUCCUAUAUUGAGAGUAAAUAGCACCAGAUUAUAUGACCUUUGGGGAGCAUUAAAGUUGGAACAGAUCCUUUUCUUACCCGAUGUCCACACGUACACUCACCAACAAGGGAGGUAAAGGAAAACUAGUUGAUUUUCCCUUCAUAGCACAGGGGUUAAUUAUAUGGCAUCUAUUCCCCCCCCUGGUUAAGAUCCGCUAUUUCAACAAUGACCAAGGAUUAAAUCUGAAAGAAUUCUCAUCUGUGUUGCAGCAACACAAAUACCCCUAUAGAUCCCUUUUAUUUUACUGCAAAAAUAAUUGCUUAUUGAUGAUAAGAUGCUUUUCUGAUGUUUUUUCAAUAGUAAUAAAUACAAGACAUAAUUAAACAAUUGGUCUUUUAUAGUAACAUUUGCAGCAAAGAAAAUUAAAUGAAUUUACUGUACCUGUACAGUGUAUAUUAUCUAUGUUAUGGUUUAAAUUGUAUUUUUACUUUGUAUAGUGCCCUUCACGUGGAAAUUUUUGUUUUUGUAUGUAACAAAAUUGUUGUUUUUAAUCUAGUGAUUAUAAAUUAUUUUGUAAAUAAACUUCCAUUCAGAUCUAACUGAUCAAUGAAUUAAACUCAGGAAUUAAUUU